AUUCCGUAGCUUGACCACGGCCUUCUUCCGAGAUGCUAUGGGCUUCCUGCUGUUGUUUGACUUGACCAAUGAGGACUCUUUGCUCAACACUCGCAACUGGCUCACACAGUUACAGACGCACGCCUACUGUGAGAACCCAGACGUGGUCCUAUGUGGCAACAAGUCGGACCUCGAGGACCACCGCCGUGUCUCAGAGGACAGAGCCCGGGACAUGGCCGAAAAGUUUGGACUGCCUUACUUUGAGACGAGCGCAGCCACGGGUCAGAACGUGUCCAAGGCCGUAGACUGUCUCCUGGAUAUGGUGAUGAGUCGCAUGGAGCAGUGCGUGGACCAAUCACAGCUGCCCGACGUGGACAACGGUCAGCCCAGGAACAGAGCCUCGCUGACACAGCGGCCAGGGGGGUCCCAAUCUGCUGGUGGGGAGGGCUGUUCUUGUUGAGGGGGCGGUCGGUCAUUGUGGGUGUGUGUGUGUGGGACUCUGUGUGUGUGUGUGUGUGUGU